CACGCCCAUCAGCGCGUAUGUUUACAUAAGUGAAUCAGCUGAUCUGAUCAGCGAUCAUGUCGUUUAUAAUUACACAAACUUUAAUCUGAGCAUAUAAUCGAUGCCUCGACGGGGUCAUGGAGACACGGAGCCGCUGCUUCAGUCCUCUCACGACGAUGAAGACGGUGAUCAAGUGUGCGGCAAGAAGCUCUCUUAUGAGGUGGCAGUCGAGGAAGCAGGGUUCGGGCUCUUCCACUGGCUGCUGUUGGUCGUCUGCGGCUGGGCAAAUGCCAGUGAUGCCGUGGAGAUCCUGUGUGUGUCCUUCCUCCUGCCCACUGCACGCUGUGACCUCCAGCUCAGCUCGGCCGACAUGGGAGUCCUCACUGCCAGCAUAUUCCUCGGUAUGAUGGUGGGCGGUUAUGUUUGGGGGUAUCUGGCCGAUCUCAGAGGGAGACGCAGCGUUCUGGUCGUGUCUUUGGCAGUGAACGGCACGUUUGGGGCCGUGGCGAGUUUGGCCCCGAGUUUCUGGCUCUUUCUGCUUCUGCGGUUCUUCAGUGGAGUCGGAGUUGGUGGAUCCAUUCCCGUGAUCUUCUCGUAUUUUUCCGAGUUCCAGCCGCGACUGCGGAGGGGAGCUAUGAUCAGCGCUCUCGCCACCUUCUGGAUGGCUGGAAAUAUUUUAGCAGCAGGUGUGGCUUGGUUGGUCAUCCCCAGGACAUAUCUUAAUGUUCAUUUGGGCUGGUUGGAUUUUCAAAGUUGGCGUCUUUUCGUGGUCCUCUGCUCCAUCCCCAGUCUGUCAUCAGCACUGAUCUUCAAGCUCUUCAUGCCAGAGAGUCCCAAGUUCCUCAUGGAGGCUGGGCGUGAGACAGAGGCUCUGUCUGUGUUCCAGAAGAUGUUUAGACUGAACAACAGAGGUGUCGUCAAACCAUUUCCUGCACAAGGGCUUGUUAUCAGACCUAAAGAUGACGAGGAGAAGAUCAGACCCAGUACAGGCUCAAGAUCUGAACGUUUCUGUGGCCUUCUCAAACGGGCACUUUCCCCCAUUAAGCAGCUGUUUGUUGGACCGCUGGCUUCCAGAAGUGUUGUUCUGCUGAUAAUAUUUUACUGCAUUUCAUUUGGGUAUUAUGGGUUGUGGAUGUGGUUUCCGGAGCUGUUUAAGAGAGCAGAAGAUGGAGGGUCUCCAUGUGCCAACGCAUCUAGAGUCCAAAGCUCAGAGAAUGAAAGCUGCUACCCUGUCAAAACUGCUGUGUACAUGGAGGGUUUCGUAACCGCAGCCUCAAACUUGCCUGGAAACAUCUUCACGAUCUUGGUCAUGGACAAGAUCGGAGGGAAAAUCCUGCUCUCUGUCAGUCUGCUGGUGUCCAGCGUGAGUGUGUUUGUCAUCUACGUGGUGAAGACUAAAUCUCAGAGUCUGCUCGUGUCCUGUGUGUUCAGCGGAGUCUCCGUCAUCUCCUGGAACGCUCUGGAUGUGGUGGGGACGGAACUCUAUCCAACACAACUACGCUCCUCGGCUCUGGGAUUUUUCACUGGAGUGGGCCGUGUGGCGGCGAUCAUGGGAAAUGUCGUUUUUGGGCAGCUGGUGGACUCUAACUGUGCUGUACCUCUGCUGCUGGUCUCUGCACUCCUUUUGGCGGGAGGACUGGUGGCUCUACGUCUGCCACAAACUAAACAGACUGAACUUACAUGAUACACACAUGCAGUUAGCAUCAGCCAAGUCAAAGCAUGUGAUUCUUGGACCAAAAUACCAAACCAAAGAGCUUUGUUUGCAGUUUCGCCAAAUGUUGCACAAGAGCACUUUUGGAAGCCUACACGUUUUCUUUUACUUUUCUGUGCUGAUUGGAAUUCUGACUACACUCUUAGUAGUUGAAAGCAUCGUUAAAGUAGUCAAAAUAUUUAAUAAACUAACACACAAGGGAUUCUGUAAAAUCUUCGUGUCAUGAAAAACAGUCCAAGAUGAAGGAUGUGUUUAAACUUUUAAAGUCAACAUAAAAGGGCUCAAAAUCUGAAUUUCGAUUAAAGAUUACAAAGAUAAUCAAUGAUGAAUCAUGCAAAAUAAGACCAGGAAAAUGUAUUAAGGGUCAUAUUUGAUUUCAUGUUGACUUUGUUGUAAAUCCAUGUGGAAUCGUAGAAUAUAUGAUCAAUUUAAAGGAACAUUUUAUAAAAUUAUUAGCUUCACAUUUCUACCCUCCAAAAAUUGGUCCCCAUUGACUUCCAAUGGAAGUGCCUCACUGUAACUUUGAUUUGAGCUUUCUAUAAAGAAAAGGAGGGACAAAUCGCAAUUAUUGUUUGCGGUAAUCAACAUUAUGCCACAAAUGCUGCCAAUUGAGCUUAACAUGGAUUGAACCCGGAACAUUCUUUUAAAAUUUUGUUGAUUGUGUCAUUUUUGUAUGAGUGUAAAUUAUUAGCUUUUUUACAAUGGCUAUACAUUUUUUUAUUUAAAUAAACAGAACAUCCAAUGGAGCAA